CGAGAAAAGCAGCAUUUAAGCACCGACUCUGAUUCCUCCUCUCACCUUCGUUUUCUCUGUCCCUCAUCGCUUUAAGAGUCUUCCAUUCAAAAAGGACCCUUUAUAAACCAUCUUUCUUCUGAGGUCUAACAUCAUUCACAAGAACAAAGUUGCAGUCGCAGAGCAAGAGGAGAUCGGAACAGAGGGAAGGAAGGAAGCAAGAGCCAUGGUUCCUUCAUUGCUGAGCUCACCAAGAAAAGUUAGCGCCCUAGAGAGCGAGCUACCUCUCAAUGAAAAUGACUCACAAGACAUGGUUCUAUACGAAGUUCUGAACGAGGCCAUGAACAUCAGCAAUUCAUGGUCACCCUCCAGAGACACUAUAUUAAUUCACAACCGAAACGGCAUUCAACCAACUGGGCACAUCGGAAAGAAGCAUUACAGAGGUGUGAGGCGCCGGCCAUGGGGGAAAUUCGCAGCAGAGAUCAGAGACUCAUCGCGACAUGGGGCGCGUGUGUGGCUUGGCACCUUCAAUACAGCAGAAGAGGCAGCUUUGGCUUACGACAAGGCAGCAUUCCGGAUGCGGGGAGCCAAGGCACUGCUCAAUUUUCCUGCUGAAGUUGUGGCUGCUACUUCCACCUGCAGAUUCAAGCAGAAAUCCAGCUUUAAUAAGGAGACCUCAAGUUCGGCUGGCAGUUGCAGUGGGGCUUCAAGGGGGGACGAUCAAUCUUGAGUCCGAAAGUAGUCUGAGUUCCAAGAUUUGGGCUCCGACUACCUAGAGAAGUUGUUAAAGGUUUCUGAGAUUUGAGAAGCCCUGAAUUCCUCUUCAUCAUCUUCUUGUAGCCCCCUGGAAUGUUUAGACAUGAAAAGCCUAUUCGACUUGGAGUAGGAACAUUUUCACUUUUAGGGUGCUUUUUGCCUUGUAUAUAAGAGCAAUAGUUAGUAUGACUUGUAUGCUUUCUUUGCACUCAUAUGCUGCAUAUUCACUUCUAUGGUAAGCAAGCAGAUCAAGACAUGACAUGGGUAGGAAAAAAAAAAGUUUGUAACACAAUUCUUGAGUAAAAUAAUAGUGAUAGAAUCUGUUUCUGUUAACCUCAUCCACAUAAUUGGGCAGCAUCUCAAGAAAAUUUUGGAUUGCUCAGAAGAACCAUGUAAGAAGCAUAUGUUUAAGGACAGUGUUUUGAUUC